AUGUCAAACGUAAAAGAUGCCUACAAAAACGGUGCAGAAGUCCCCGAGACUAUCAGUGAGAAAGUAGACAUUGGUAAAAAAUUAAAGUUAUUGCUUAGACCAGAAUCUGUUUCUGUUAUAAAGAUGAUGCAAAAAACUUGUGUCAACAAACUUGCACGUGUGUUGUUUGAUCCUGGAUCAGAUGAAUCUUACAUCCAUCGUAGAAAUUUGCCCACUGGAAUCAAUGGAAAAACCGUGAAGAAAAAAAUUGGAACAAUAAGCGGCAAACAAUCUUUGACCACGCAAGUCAUAAACAUUGAGGGAAUCGUUUUCCCUGAAUUUUCUCCCACGCAAAAAGUGGAAUCCACAUUUGAAACAAUUGUUUUUGAUUCAGACGCGAGGUACGAUAUGAUUAUUGGAAAUAAUAUUUUACUUCCCCUUGGAAUCGAUUGUUGCGGAUCUACCAAAACAAUCAAAUGGAUGAACAAACACGUUCCUUAUAAGCCGCCCGAAUCUGGCCUCAGUCCUCAAACUACUGAUCCAAACGAAGAUACAUCCAUGUUGAUGGCGCAAUUGAUGGCAACCCAUUGCUAUCACUCAGACCCUGAUGAAAGUCUCAAUGAACACAUUGAGCAACAGAUAUCUCAUUCCUUUAAUAUUGCAGAAUCCAAAUAUGAUUUAGUUCCCUUGGAACAUGUUGCCAAACAACAACAACAUCUAAAUGGUAAACAACAAAACAAUCUUUACAAUGUUAUAAAAGACUUUGAACCCUUGUUCAAUGGUAACCUCGUUCGUUCCGGCAAGCUUGGCCCUUUCAAAGGUCCUAAAGCACACCUCAAGCUUACUCCCGAAGCAAAACCAUUUCAGAACCGUCCCUAUUCUGUCCCCAAGAGUCAUGAAGCUGUCUUCAAGAAAACUAUUGAUGAAAUGGUCCAAUGGGGUUUUUAG